CCACCUCGAGGGGCCGGGCGUCAAGGCGCCGGGACCCGCUCUGCAGGCCCGCCGUCGCCAGCUCUGCGACCUUGGGCGGGGCCGCGUUCCCCUUCGGAGCCUCGGUUCCCACGUCCGUCGCGGGGUGCCUGAGCUCCCCGAGGAACUAGGAGGCCGGCAGGAGAUCUCUUCCAGGGCGCACGGCUGAGAUGGACCCACUCAGGGCCCAGCAGCUGGCCGCGGAGCUGGAGGUAGAGAUGAUGGCCGACAUGUACAACAGAAUGACCAGCGCCUGCCACCGGAAGUGCGUGCCUCCCCACUACAAGGAAGCAGAGCUGUCCAAGGGCGAGUCCGUGUGCCUGGACCGGUGUGUCUCCAAGUACCUGGACAUCCAUGAGCGGAUGGGCAAGAAGCUGACAGAGCUGUCUAUGCAGGAUGAGGAGCUGAUGAAGAGGGUGCAGCAGAGUGCUGGGCCUGUGUGAGGCGCCGAACAGUACGCCCUAAGGAGCACCCCAUCCCUUCCCACUUGUCUAAUAAAAGUGCCCCCGUUGGGUGUCAUCUGUGAAGACUGCAAGGCCUGGGCUCCUUCCGGAGAGUCUCCAGGAGCAGAAGGAGUUUCCCAGGCGCAGAAGGGUGUCUGUCACCCUGGGCUGUGACUGUGUGUGUGAGUGUAUAUGUAUAUAUUAUAUAUUAAAACAAAUUUAUUGACA